AGUAGUAGUAGUAGUAGUAGUAGUAGUAGUAGUAGUAGUAGUAGUAGUAGUAGUAGUAGUAGUAGUAGUAGUAGUAGUAGUAGUAGUAGUAGUAGUAGUAGUAGUAGUAGUAGUAGUAGUAGUAGUAGUAGUAGUAGUAGUAGUAGUAGUAGUAGUAGUAGUAGUAGUAGUAGUAGUAGUAGUAGUAGUAGUAGUAGUAGUAGUAGUAGUAGUAGUAGUAGUAGUAGUAGUAGUAGUAGUAGUAGUAGUAGUAGUAGUAGUAGUAGUAGUAGUAGUAGUAGUAGUAGUAGUAGUAGUAGUAGUAGUAGUAGUAGUAGUAGUAGUAGUAGUAGUAGUAGUAGUAGUAGUAGUAGUAGUAGUAGUAGUAGUAGUAGUAGUAGUAGUAGUAGUAGUAGUAGUAGUAGUAGUAGUAGUAGUAGUAGUAGUAGUAGUAGUAGUAGUAGUAGUAGUAGUAGUAGUAGUAGUAGUAGUAGUAGUAGUAGUAGUAGUAGUAGUAGUAGUAGUAGUAGUAGUAGUAGUAGUAGUAGUAGUAGUAGUAGUAGUAGUAGUAGUAGUAGUAGUAGUAGUAGUAGUAGUAGUAGUAGUAGUAGUAGUAGUAGUAGUAGUAGUAGUAGUAGUAGUAGUAGUAGUAGUAGUAGUAGUAGUAGUAGUAGUAGUAGUAGUAGUAGUAGUAGUAGUAGUAGUAGUAGUAGUAGUAGUAGUAGUAGUAGUAGUAGUAGUAGUAGUAGUAGUAGUAGUAGUAGUAGUAGUAGUAGUAGUAGUAGUAGUAGUAGUAGUAGUAGUAGUAGUAGUAGUAGUAGUAGUAGUAGUAGUAGUAGUAGUAGUAGUAGUAGUAGUAGUAGUAGUAGUAGUAGUAGUAGUAGUAGUAGUAGUAGUAGUAGUAGUAGUAGUAGUAGUAGUAGUAGUAGUAGUAGUAGUAGUAGUAGUAGUAGU